AUGAUUACUUUUCGACCGCUCUGUGGUGCAGCCAAUUCCUCACAAACAACCCCACUUUGUUACCUCCUGCAAAUCGACGAUGUAAAAAUACUUUUGGACUGCGGGUCCCCAGAUUGGUCCCCAGAAGACCAAACUAAUCCAGACACAUUUCCCUGGGAGGAUUAUUGUCAAACCCUUCGCGAACUUUCUUCUACAGUAGACCUCGUUCUUCUGUCCCAUGGUGACCUUGCGCAUUGCGGGCUUUAUGCUUACGCGUAUUCGCGAUGGAAUCUCAAGGCGCCUGCAUACACAAGUCUUCCUGUUCAGGCAAUGGGACGUAUCGCAACCAUGGAAGACAUAGAGGGAAUUCGUGAUCAAGAAGACCUUGAUGACGACGGGCAAGAGCCUCAGCAGGAUGGCGACACCUCGUUACUCGACUCAGACGUUGUUGACUCUCCCAUCCAAACUACACAUCGCGACAAGCUUAAAGGCAAAUACGUGGCGACUGUCGACGAGGUUCAGGAAGCUUUUGACUCUGUUAAUACCCUGCGGUACUCGCAACCAACGCGUCUUCAAGGAAAAUGCCAAGGAUUGACGAUCACACCGUUCAACGCGGGCCACACCAUAGGAGGCACGAUAUGGAAGAUAAGGUCUCCCUCCUCCGGCACUAUUCUGUAUGCUGUAGAUGUGAACCACAUGCGAGAAAGACAUCUCGAUGGCGCUGUGAUUAUAAGCAAAUCUUCUGGCGGAACCGGACUCCCGUUGUCAAUAGUAAACAACGCGACCGCGAUGCGGCGCUCAUUGGUGAGUGAAUUAAUCAACCAUUACCACUCCAAGUUGCUAAGCUUUCUAUCAACAGACACUGUAACCUCCACCUUGACAUCAUCUACCAGAUCUUCGGUCCUUAUUCCUUGCGAUGCGAGCACUCGUGUACUCGAACUUCUCGUUCUUCUGGACCAACACUGGAAAUUUUCACGGUUAUCCUAUCCAAUAUGUCUGCUGUCGCGCACUGGGAGCGAGAUGCUGACGUUUGUGCGGGCGAUGAUGGAAUGGCUGGGAGGAACAGUGAGCAAGGAAGAUGUUGGUGAAGAUGGUGGCAAUAAACCUUCAAGGCGGCGGCGAGAGGACGACAAUGAUGACGAUGCAUUAGGCGCCUUCGCCCUUCGUUUCAAGUACCUCGAAUUCUUCCCAAACCCUCAGGCGCUCGUUCAACGCUACUCCUCAACUGACCCCAAAUUGAUUCUUGCUGUGCCUGCAUCUCUAUCUCAUGGGCCAUCGCGAAGUUUAUUCACCAGCUUCGCGGCAGUUCCAAACAAUGUCAUCCUCCUCACGUCCCGCAGCGAGGAGGGCACUCUCGGUCGCGUUCUGUUUGACAAAUGGAACGACAGACAACGGGCACAGGAGAAAUGGGACAAGGGUCGUAUUGGAAGCAACGUAAUGAUGGAUGGAAAUAUUGACCUGUCCAUGCGCUCAAAAGUCCCCCUCCAAGGCGCCGAACUAGAGGCAUACAUGCAAAAGGAACGCGCUGCGAAGGAAAAGGAGGCGGCACACCAAGCCCAGUUAGCCCGCAGCCAGCGAAUGCUCGAGGCCGACGAGGACGAGAGUGAUUCCGAUUCGGACUCAGAUGCUGACGAAGAUGAGGUUCGCCAAACUUUGGAAGGGGACGGUAUGGACAUGGAUGGUGACUUUGAGGGCAUUGGCAAGAAGCGCAAAGCCGAUAAGGCCCUUGAAAAUGCCGAUUGGGGAGACGGAGACGAAGGGCUGACGAAACAACUUUUGUCGUUUGACAUCUACCUCAAGGGUAACGUCUCCAAAGCGAACUCGUUUUUCAAAAGUGCUGGUGGACAGAGCCAUCGUUUUCGUAUGUUCCCCUACGUGGAGAAGAAGCGGAGGGUGGACGACUAUGGAGAGACUGUUGACGUCGCCAUGUGGUUACGGAAGGGAAAAGUUUUUGAGGAAGAGGCGGAGACCGAUGAGACGAAAGACUACCGGAAGAGAAAACAAGCAGAGGAAGAAGCCAAGGCGAUUCAAGAACCGCCUUCCAAGUUUGUUGUUUCCAGCGUCGAAGUCCAGAUGGCUUGUCGAUUACUUUUCGUUGAUAUGGAAGGUCUGAACGACGGUCGAGCGGUCAAAGCUAUUGUACCACAAGUCAACCCACGGAAAAUGAUUAUCGUCCAUUCGUCUACGGCGGCGGCUGACGAGCUCAUCCAAAGCUGUGCCAACAUCCGUUCGAUGACCAAAGACAUUUUCGCCCCCGGCCAGGGUGAAAAUGUGCAGAUCGGCCAACAAACCAACAACUUUUCAAUCUCUAUCAGCGACGAGUUGCUCGCUUCUCUCAAAAUGUCCACGUUUGAAGACAAUGAAGUCAGCUUUGUAACCGGGCGAGUCGUAGCGCAUGCGAGCUCGACCAUCCCUGUUCUUGAACCCAUUGCAGACUCGCCAGCUCCUUCCGUGCCAACGGGUAUAACCCGAACAACGCUGCCAAAUGUCCCUGGAACAAGACCUCAAGUGGAGCUCCCUCGGUCAACGAUGAUUGGAGAACUAAAACUGACCGCACUCAAAACACGUUUGGCUUCUGUUGGCGUCCCUGCAGAACUCAUUGGCGAGGGUGUCCUCAUCUGUGGGCCAGCAGCUGGCAAAAUGGCCAUCUCAGAUGCAGUCGAGCACUCAGUUGCAGUGCGAAAAACUGGAAGCGGGAAAGUGGAGUUGGAGGGAUCUGCUUCGCCCGUUUAUUACAUGGUGCGGAAAGAAAUAUAUAAUCUACACGCCCUCGUAGCUUGA